AUGGUGAAGGACAAGUUCUAUUUCUUAUGUCUGCUUAGUAUUUGGAUUGAGAUAGCGGAGGACAGGUACAACAUAGAUGCUCUUGAUGCUUUAUUUGCAGUUAUAAUGUCCACCUACCCAUAUGAUGAAUUGGCCAUCAAAUCUCUUGCAGCAGCCCUAAAAUAUGGCCCUGUUCCUGUUCCUGUUCCUCCUCAACUGAGCUCCUCACAGGCCUCCAAUGGCACAGGCGGCUUCUAUUUCGUCUUCAAUAACGUUACUGGGAAUACAUUUCAUGCUACCAAUUCCAACAGGGUCGGAAUUUUGGGUUCCUUCAACGAAGGCGCCAACCCCGAGGAAGGAAAACUUUAUUGGUUUUGGUGGCAAAACUACAAAACUCAGCCCUAUUGGCAGAAAGCGAUCAAGUUCUUUCUUCUGCUAGCCCGCGAACUUAUCUUCCUCUUAAGCCAGUCAGCAGGACUGCUUACGGUGCUUGUUUUACAUACUUGUCUCUAG